CGGGCCGCCAGGGGGCGCCGCGCGGGUCCCCGCACACCCGGAAGUGGCGGCGGGAGCGCGAGCCAAUUGGAGCCGGGGGGCGUGGCCGGAGGGGGCGGGGCCGGCGCGGCCGCCAUGGGGCUCCUGACGAUCCUGAAGAAAAUGCGCGAGAAGGAGCGAGAGCUGCGGCUGCUCGUGCUGGGAUUGGACAACGCCGGUAAGACGACGCUGCUGAAGCGGCUGAACGGGGAGGACGUGGGCGGCACCUCCCCCACGCUGGGCUUCAACAUCAAAACCCUGGAGCACCGCGGGUUCCAGCUGCACGUGUGGGACGUGGGCGGGCAGAGCUCUCUCCGCUCCUAUUGGCGCAAUUACUUCGAGAGCACGGACGGGCUGGUCUGGGUGGUGGACAGCAGCGACCACGAGCGGCUCAGGCUGUGUGCCAGGGAGCUGAGAGCCCUGCUCAAGGAGGAGCGCCUGGCCGGGGCCUCCCUGCUGGUGUUUGCCAACAAACAGGACCUGCCGGGGGCGCUGCCGGCCGGGGACAUCCGCCAGGCCCUGGAGCUGGACUCCAUCCGCAGCCACCGCUGGCGCCUGCAGGGCUGCUCGGCCUUCACCGGCCGCGACCUCCUGCCCGGGCUGGACUGGCUGCUGGACGACAUCGGGGCCCGCCUGUGCCCCCCCGACUGACCCCCGAGUGACCCCUGACCCCUGAGUGACCAUUGGAGUGACCACAGUGACCACAGUGACCACAGUGACCCCUGGAGUGACCCCACACUGACCCCUGCACCGCCCUCCUGCCCGGGCUGGACUGGCUGCUGGACGACAUCGGGGCCCGCCUCUGCCCCCCCGACUGACCCCUGAGUGACCCCUGACCCCUGAGUGACCCCUGACCCCUGAGUGACCCCUGAGUGACCACAGUGACCAGAGUGCCCAGAGUGCCCCUUGGAGUGACCCCUGACUGACCCCUGUGCCCCCCCCGACUGACCCCGGACUGACCCCUGCAGUGACCCCGGGCUGACCCCGGCCCGGGACCCCCCAAACCCUCGGGUGGGGGAGGGGUGGCGGCCCCUCCCCCCGCUGCCAAUAAAGUGGGGGUCGAUGGAA